AUGGCCACCCGCAAGGUCGUUCUCGUUACUGGCGGUAACAACGGUAUUGGCUAUGAGGCUGUCAAAGCAUUCCUCCAGUCCCAGAAGCCAUACCAUAUACUUCUCGGCAGCCGCUCAGUGGAAAAGGGCAAGCUGGCACUCGACUCCCUUAAAAAGGAAGUUCCAGAAUCCCAAAACACCGUUGAAGUGCUUCAUGUCGAUCUCGAGAGCGACGAGUCCAUCGAAAAGGCUUUCGAGCAAGUCAAGAAGAGCCCAGGCUACCUCGACGCUCUUGUGAAUAAUGCCGGUGCCAGUUUCGACCCAGCAUUUAUCAACGGUAAAAUCUCACUUCGAGAAUGCUUCAAUAAAGCCUAUAACGUCAACGUGUCUGGCACGAACGUCAUGUCCUGGACCUUCAUGCCGCACUUACUCCCGUCCUCUGAUCCCCGUCUUCUUUUCAUAGCCGGUCUCUCCCAAAUUACUCUGGCAGCUGAAAAGUACUUCCCCACGCCUCCUCAACCAGCUGGGUGGCCCAAGGCCAUUGACUUUGAGACAAUCGGGUACCGCUGUAGCAAGACUGCGCUUAAUAUGCUGAUGUUGGAUUGGAAUCAUAAGUUGAAGGAGGAUGGGGUUAAGGUCUUUGGCGUUGGGCCAGGGUUUCUGGCUACGAAUCUGGGAAAUGAUCCCGAGUUGACGCAGAAGGCGAAGGCGAUGGGGGCCAAACAUCCUAGUCUGGGGGGUGUUUUGAUUAGGAGUAUUGUAGAUGGUGAGAGAGAUGCUGAUAUGGGGAAGCUUGUUAAUAAGGAUGGACUUUCUGCGUUUUAA